AUGUUUUCAGAUGAAAUAAGUUUAAAUCUUUUGGAAGAAGGUAUUGGUAGUUACGAUAUUCUCCAAAGAGCAUUACCAUCCGUUGUAAUGAGUAAAAUUGAUGAAACGGACGACGAUUGUACUAUUGAAAGAUUAUUAAAAAUAUAUCGAAUAGCUCAGUUGCAAAUUGAAUACAUUUUGAAAACACAAGCGGAACUUGUGAAGGAAGUGGAAGAGUUACAAAAUCAGCUGAAGUUUAUAAGUACAGAGAAUUCAAAAUUACGAAAGGAAAUUGUCAAUGGACCGGAGACAAUAAAUUCCUUGUUCAAGUGCGAUCGUUGCAACAAACUGUUUUUGCAUAGUACAUUCCUAUACGAUCACAUGAAACGGAGACACAAGGACGAGAAACAAGACGAUAGUAAAUGA